AUGAGAGUCAAAGAGCCCUUCACAUGCAAUAUGUGCGGUACGUCGUAUGGCAACAUGCAGAAGUUUAAUUUGCACAUCUUCGAGAAGAAGAAAGGCACUCCACGCCGUCAAGGAACGACAACGAAGACGACAACAAAUGUGCUGAAGCCGGGAGUGCUGGUGCCCCGCACAAACGCCCAAAGCAAGGUGAAGACCUUCCCUUGCAAAAAUUGUGAUUUCAAGGCGGUGACAAAACUUGAAUACUGGAAUCAUAUACCAAUCCACAUUAAGUCGAGCAAGCUGAUGUCUUGCUACAGGUGCCCAUUCGUGACUGAAUACAAACAUCAUCUUGAGUACCAUCUGUUGAAUCACACCGGUGCGAAGCCGUAUAAAUGUCCCACGUACGCGUACACAUGUGUGAACAGGGCUAUGCUUAACAGUCACAUGAAGUCGCUCGUCUAUCAAUAUAGAUGCAAGGAUUGCGACUACGUCACCAAGUACUGGCACACGCUAAAGCAACAUCUGCGAAAGCUUGAACACCAGCCAGCGGCAGUACUGAACGUGGAUGGAACAUUGAGCCCGGCGGUGAUCGAUGUGUACGGCACGAGACGCGGUCCUAAGCAGAGGUCAAAGAUCAGCGACAAUAAAACGUUGACAACGACAGCGGCGGCCACUGCGACGGACGAGCCGAGCACGAGCAAACGAUGGCCAGUGACGAAAGUAACAGUAGUAACAGCAACGACAAUGUCCAGCCAUCCACAUCGACGGCACCGUCAUCGCAUGCGUUGUCGUCAAUGUCGUCUGGAUCGGCGUCCGUGA